UAGUGUAAAUGUGAAUUGUGAUCUAAUUCUUGUAGAUGUUGAAUUAUUAAAAUGUGUGAGAACUUGUGCAAAUUGUUCAUAACCAAGGCUUCUUAUUCAGGAGUACACGUUAAUUGUACUAGUAAAAUGGCCAGGCUGUCUAUGCUUACAGCAAUCAAUACAUAAACCUUGACUUUUCCCUGGUGUAAGCUAUAAAGAUAACUAACUCAUAAACCCACAGACAUAACCUUUAAUUUUUAUUUGAUUGAUAGUUUGGUAGUUAUUGCCAUUGUACAGUUACACAAACAAAGAAAAUGUUACAGAUUAUCACUUUUGUUGCCCUUUGAAAUGAAAUUAUAAACAAUGCGUCAUUGAAUUUCUGUUUAUUCUAGUAGAAUGUGUGUUAAAGUAAUCUGACGGACACCGAUAACAAUGUACACUUUUAAGGCUUUUUUUUAUUUGACUGUGAUAAAACUAAUAAAUGCUCAAGUGCUUUGGUACCAACCGGAGCAGAUACAUUUAUCAUAUGGCCGAACAUCUAACGAAAUAGUUGUCACAUGGUCGACAUUUAACGAUACAAAGGAGUCGAUUGUUAAGUAUGGUAUAGGUGGCACGAUACUAACAGCUAAGGGUUCCUCGAAGGUGUUUGUCGAUGGAGGUCCGAAAAAACAUUUGCAGUACAUACAUCGAGUGAUCCUACCGUCUCUGACUCCUAAUAGCGUUUAUGUUUAUCACUGUGGAAGUCGGCUGGGAUGGUCGGCCCAGUUCUGGUUCAAGAGUGCACUUCAAACGGAUGACUGGCAACCAAGCUUAGCAAUUUUUGGUGAUAUGGGCAACGAGAAUGCACAGUCUUUGGCCAGAUUACAGGAGGAGACCCAGAGAGGGAUGUACGAUACAAUUCUGCAUGUGGGAGAUUUCGCAUACGAUAUGGAUUCGGAAAACGGCGAAGUCGGAGACGAGUUCAUGCGCCAAAUCGAAACGAUCGCAGCCUACGUACCGUACAUGACCUGUCCGGGUAACCACGAAGAGCGCUAUAACUUUAGCAAUUACCGCGAGCGGUUCAGCAUGCCGGGCGGCAGCGAGAGUUUCAUGUACAGUUUCGACCUCGGUCCGCUUCACAUCAUCUCGAUUUCGACCGAAGUUUAUUACUUUAUGAAUUUCGGCAUGAAGCCCAUCGUUUUUCAGUACGAGUGGUUGGAGCAAGACCUAAUUCGGGCCAAUCUGCCCGAAAAUCGCGAGAAGCACCCCUGGAUAAUUGUGAUGGGACACAGGCCGAUGUACUGCAGCCUUACCGAUAAGGACGACUGUACCCAUCACGAGACAAUCACGCGCGUCGGUAUUCCCUUCGUGCACUGGUUUGGACUCGAGGAGUUGCUUUACAAUUACGGAGUGGACGUGGAAAUAUGGGCGCACGAGCACAUUUAUCAACGUCUCUGGCCCAUUUACGAUUAUAAAGUUUAUAAUGGCAGCUACGAGGCACCGUACGUUAAUCCUGGCGCUCCUAUACAUAUCAUCACCGGAUCGGCCGGUUGCAAAGAGGGGCACGACACUUUCAACCUAACAAAACCGGAAUGGUCCGCAUUUCAGAGCAAGGAUUACGGAUAUACGCGUUUGAAGGCGUUUAACAGCUCUCAUCUAUACUUCGAGCAGGUAUCUGACGAUAAGGAUGGUCUUGUCAUCGACACCGUUUGGGUUAUUAAAGAUUCCCACGAGCCGUAUCAAUUCUCCAAAAUUGAUUGGGCGGCAAUGGACGGACUACGCUUAAAAACGUUUCAUUAAACGUUAAUUUUCCAAAGGUAAAUAACUCCUAAUAUUGGAGAGCUCAAGCCAAAUAAAUUAUAAUAUAGUUGACGAAUUGUAAAAAGUAAUCUGUAGUGUGUACUAUAUAGCAAUAAUAACGAAUAGCAUAACAUUUUCUGAAGUGGAAGAACAACGUUCAACA